GCUUCCGUUUUGAAGCUUCCUUUGAAGGAAGAGGAGCCUUUCCAACGGAAGCGCCCAGGCUCGGCGGGGUUUUCGGGGGUUGUUUUUGGAAGGGGUCAGAGGCGCGGAGGGGGCUGUCGCAGCGAUGGAGAAGCUGCGGCGGGUGCUGAGAGGAGAGGACGACGAGGAACAGGGCCUGACGUCGCAGGUCCUUGAUGGAUCAUCCCUGAGUUUUAAUACUCGUGUGAAAUGGUUUGCAAUAUGUUUUAUAUGCGGCAUUUUGUGUUCUCUCCUUGGGACAGGAUUGCUCUGGCUUCCAGGUGGAAUAAAACUCUUUGCGGUGUUCUAUACCUUGGGAAAUAUUGCUGCUUUAGCCAGUACUUGCUUCCUGAUGGGUCCAGUGAAACAGCUGAAAAAGAUGUUUGAACCAACAAGAUUAAUUGUAACAAUUGUUAUGCUGCUUUCUUUGAUCCUCACAUUAUUUGCUGCAUUUUGGUGGCAAAAGAAAGGGUUAGCCCUGCUGUUCUGCAUUUUGCAGUUUAUGGCAAUGACCUGGUACAGUUUGUCAUACAUCCCAUACGCAAGGGAUGCUGUAUUGAAAUGCUUCACUUCUUGCCUAGGUUAAAGAGAAGCAGAACUUUUUCCAGUGCUUGGAAAUCUACGUCAUUUCUCCUAGGUUUACUCCCAAGUGCUUCAGAUCCUGAAACAGUGACAUCCUUACUCACAAUGGGUGUUAAAUUGUAUUAGCAAAAGAAGCUUUUUCUUUUCUUUUAAAGUACAGAACCAGGGCAUUAUACCAUCGCAAGACCCCUCAAUCCAUGCUUACUCUAAAAAUAUUUUUUACUCACUCAGUGGUCUUAAAAUUGCUGGAUGAAAGUCUGCUAAUAUGAUUUAAUCUCAAAAUGAUACAGUCUUUGAGUUUCAGGUAAAAUGCAUGUAAAUACAUCUGCCUCGUUUUUUUAUUUAUCUUUCCAAUUUGUCUUGUUUUAUCUUCCAAAAUCCUAUUAAAUUGUAAAAUGAAGAAUUACACUAUGUUAUACCUACUAGGCCUCUUCAGAAAUGAUUAACAGUGGAGACAGCAUGGCGGGGAAAUGAUACUAUAUAAGAAAUGUGUUUUCCAAAUUCAGGAACUUUGUGUUAUUCCUUUAUUUUAAAUGCCAACUUUUUAUACUGUGACACUUAAAAUGCAUUUAACUAAAAGAAGUUGAGUAAUAUAUUAAAUCAAUGAUUAAAAUAUUUAAAAUUA